CCCCAUUGGAAGCUCUAGCGCGCAUGCUUCCUUGAAUGCGUAGCUAAUGGCUAAGGGUAAACUACAUAAACAGUCUAACCAUUUUUAUUUACAAUGACAGAAUAUGGAGAGGAAGAGGGAUUCAUGUUGCCUGUAGAUGACGGUUUAUUUGCUGAUACAUUUUCUGAUGAUAGCGUGUACAAAUUCAUCGGUCAAGAGUUAAAGAUCAGCCAGGUGUUCAGCGCCAACCUCGGCGUGGCAGCGCCAGUGUGGGACGCGGUAAAUUCACGAUUGGCUCCUUAGUACACGCUGGCUACAUUGCCUAUAUUUAUUCUGCACAUUAUGAAUAAAGCUUUAUUGGUUAUGUAGUAGUGCAUUUAAUACAGUAUUGUUAUACAAGGAAUGCAAUGAGCUGCCUGUUGUAUUUACUGUUUGUCUUACUGUUGGUUAAAUAGGCGCUUCAUCUAUGCCGCUAUUUCGAGGAAAAAUCGCUCAACCUGAAGGGAAAGCGCAUCAUUGAGUUGGGCGCAGGGACUGGCAUUGUUGGCAUUUUGGCAGCACGUUUGGGUAUGUUGGUUCAUUCUUUGUCCGUCCAGUAGAGGUCGGCAAUGUCGAUUUUCAGUAGCAGCCACUGUUAUUUCAAUAGCCUAGUCAUUAUUUUUUAAUUUUUUUAAUAGCCUUUUAUAGAUUUUUCAUUGCCUUUCCCAUCACACUGUUCCAUCCUGUCACACACACAUAAGCCUACAAAUGCACUUUUCAAAGGUUUUGAAACACUACAAUAAAACAUUACAAAAUCACAAACAUAAUCAUAAGGUGUAUUUACCUAAUUUCCCACUGUUACAGGAGCGGAUGUGACCUUGACAGACCUCCCCCUUGCUGUCCCACAACUGCAAAGCAACGUAUCAGCCAACAUGCCGUCCUCCGGCUGGCCUUCUGUUGCCCCCUCCGUCCUCCCCCUCUCCUGGGGCCAGGACCAGCACAUCUUUCCCAUGGACUGGGACAUGGUACUGGGUGCAGACAUUGUGUACCUGGCUGAGACUUACUCCCUCCUGCUGGACACACUGGUUCACCUGUGCAAGGAUGGGGCCGUAGCGUACCUCUCAUCCAAGAUGCGAGGAGAGCACGGAACACCUGGAUUCUACGGAGACACUCUGCCACAGAGGUUCCAUGUAAAGCUGGUGCACCGCGACCCCACACAGAACAUCAACAUCUACCGCGCUACUCUGAGAGGGAAGCAGUGACAGAAAUUAGACUGGAUAGGACUGGGAGACUGUGAUGGACUGUAAAAUAGGUUUAGACUUGGAGGAGAACCACACAACAGUGCCUGACUCUCUGAACCCUCUGGUUAAGAGGGAGUCUUCUAGAUAUCCUCUCUGAAAAAACUUUGUGCAGGUGCUGGUACGAAAGAAUAGGCAACUGACACAAAAGGCUCCUCACUCUGAUUUUAGUGCUCCAAAAAGUGUUAUUAAUAAACAAAAUAUAGACCAAUAGGUCAUCAUCUUGAAUGAAAAGAUCUAUAUGGUCUAGUAAGAAACAGAGAUAAAAUAAUAAUUUUGUGGGCAGUAAAAGUAUUUUCCUGUCUUUGUCAGGUUACUACAGUCAAAUCAAGUUGUGUUUGAGGACGUGCUAUAUUGUACAGGUUGACGGGGUUGAUUACUGGGAAAACGUUGUUUAUACCAUCCACUUGCAGAACUUUUCUGGCAACAUUGACAGAUUCUGCCCCCCCUCCCUCCGCCUGUACGUACUUCAUCCCCUCACUCUCCUGCUCUCUGCUGAUGUGCAGAGUUUCUGUUUAGAAAAGAAAAGCCUGUUUGUUCCGCUGGAGAGUUUCAAAGAAAGAGAGACCGGCCGUCCUACCCCCCCUCCACCUCUCUCUGUGCUAUAGCUCACCCGACAAAACAACAGAUCCCUAUCUAUAUUCACAGUCUGCUCUCCACCAGUGGUCCACAGGGUCCCCAUACAAGAAACUGUCAUUCAUUGUGCGUGUAAUAAUCCUUUGAUCAACAUUGUAAUGAUAAUGCCCAAGCAAGUUGUACAAAAAGUAACCUGUGGUACAACAUAAAAUACAAUGUUAUGCGUUAAUUUCCUAUGCCUAUGGUGCCUGUAAGAUACAUUAUUUCUUUUUCAAUUAUCAAAUGAUUGAUUGAGAAGCAACACUUCUGAGAAAUAAAGUUAAAAUGUAUACAACUUUUUCAGCAACAUAA